ACGGCACAACCAUGUCCGGCAUUAGUGAUUUCUAUCGCGACAAAGUGGUGUUCGUGACCGGUGGUACCGGGUUCAUCGGGAAGAUCGUGGUGGAAAAGCUGCUUCGAACGUGCGAAGUGAGGGAAGUGAUUUUGAUGGUGCGCGAGAAAAAGAACACGCUGCCAGAGCAUCGCAUCAAGAAGCUUUGCGCCUCGCCGAUAUUCGAACGUUUGGCCAAAAAGAACCCCAACUAUCAGGAUCGGAUUCGUGUGAUUGAAGGCGAUCUCGAGAAGCCCAACUUUGACCUGUGCCCGGAGAGCAUGGACUAUCUGAAGGAGCACACAAACGUCAUCCUGCACAUUGCGGCCACGGUGAAGUUUGACGAGGAAAUGAUCAAGGCAAUCACGAUCAAUCUCGGUGGCACGCGAACCGCGCUGGAGAUUGCACGGCAAUCCAAAAACCUGCAGAGUUUCGUGUACGUUUCAACGGCAUACUCGAACAGCUACGACGAACACAUCCAGGAGCGGGUCUACCCGAUCGACUACAACCCGGAGAAGAUCCUGGCCAAUCUCGACGACGAGAAGUUGAUACAGGAUGUGAUCAAGUAUUCGCUUAAAUGGCCCAACACGUACACCUUCACGAAGGCGCUGGCGGAAGCGAUGACGCUCGAGUACCGGCAACACUUCCCGGUCGCGAUCGUGCGCCCGUCCUGCGUUAUGGCCAGCCUGAACGAACCCUUGCCGGGCUGGUGCGAUUCGAUCUACGGCACGAACGGCACGUUCAUCGGCUGGUACUAUGGGCUGAUACGGACCAGUCACAUCGAUCCGGAGGUGACGAUCGACACCGUGCCGGUUGACUACGUGUCGAACGCGAUCAUUGCCGUCGGCUGGAAGACACACUACGAGCGAGCUCAGGAGCCCGAACUGCUGGUGUACAACUGUAUAAGCUCCACCGAUAAUCCACUGACCUUUGACGAACGAAGACGCGAAUGUGAGAAGGCAUGCAAGAAACAUCCGCUUCUGACCGGCAUCUACCGACCGAUCACCUUCGCCUCGAGCAACGAGUUCAUGUUCCGGCUGUACUCGCUAGUGCUACAUUAUCUGCCCGCCUACAUCAUGGAUAUGGCCAUGAAGCUACGUGGCGAGAAGCCACGUCUAGUCGAUACGUACAUCAAGAUCGAUAAGGUCGUUGCCACGGUAAAGAAGUUCUCCAACACCACGUACUUCUUCGACAACCAGAACAUGAAAGACCUGUAUCUGGCCAUGAGCCCAGUAGACCACCAGCAGUAUCCAUGCGACAACCGAAACUACAGCUGGCGGCUGUACUUCGAGGUUGCCGUACCAGGGCUGAAGAAAUACUUCUUCAAGGAGGACCUCAACAACGUUAAGCGAGCCCGCGAAGUGAUGCGCAAGAAGGAGCUGAUCGUGAACACUACACUAUUUCUAAUCGUCGGUCUAAUGCUGCUCCAGCUGUACUACCUUCUGCGCUAAGACCGUUUGCCGGUGCGGACGUAACGGAGCCGGUUUGUGACGAGGUAUUGAUACACAACGCAGUUCACGUCGUCCGAAAAAUCCCACAAUCAAUCCGGUGGGCAGGUCAUCGUACAGUGUCCGAUCGGGUCAACUCCUUUGCCCAGGGCCAACCGCUUCCAGGUCCAAGGGUACGGCCCCGGCCAGGCAUGGUUGAUCGACCGCACGCUGGCCAUCCGCUGGCACAAUGGGAUUGUAUAUCAUCGGCAUAUUGAUCGGACCGGAUAAUAAAACAUAAUGGGAUGCGCUAGCUUACCAUAAGCUUAGGUGGUUUAGGGCGCAGGGAACACAGACAGGCAGCUGUAACAGGGCGGUAGUGUGCUAGGUUAGGCAUUUCUGUAUAUUCAUGUCCGUUUCUAGCUGCACAACAGCUGAAACUGUAAAACGCACAAACAGGUUUCUAUGGACCUGAAAUUUGAUUCUUUCUUAAUUACUCGUUAAGAAAUACCCUUCGAGCUCAACUAACAACGGCAGAUGCAAUGGUGAAUGUCAAAUGGUUUGCAGUACUAUGCAAACAUUUAAUAGCCCUGUACAUGCACAAAGCACUUUUUGUACGUUGGUCUCCAACAGCAGAACUGUUUCUAUUUGAUCAUAUCCCAACCUUACCAACAGGGCUUUACUUUUGCAACCGAUAUUUAUUAAUACGAUUUCAGCGUGCUGAGCACAUAUAGCUCAAGGAAAAAUAAAGUAAGAAAAUAAGAUAAG